AUGAGGAGAGCGGUGCUGAAAGAAGCCGCCAAACGUUUCCCCUGGCUGGCCAAUGUCACUUUGUACGGGUGCUUAUUCGCCGGCGGUGACCUGGUGCACCAGCUCAUGGCUCAGAAGGAGCGCAUGGACUGGAAACACACCCGCAAUGUGGCCAUCGUGGCAAUCAGCUUCCAUGGAAACUUUAAUUACUUCUGGCUGCGGGCCCUUGAGAGACGUUUUCCUGGAAAGUCCGCAGGGAUGGUGUUCCGCAAACUCCUCCUGGACCAAAGCUUUGCGUCGCCUUUGGGCACCAGCGUCUUCUACACAGGCGUGAGCUUCUUGGAGGAUAAAGAAGAUAUAUUUGAAGACUGGAGGGAGAAGUUCUUCAACACCUGGAAGACUGGACUCAUGUACUGGCCGUUCAUGCAGUUUCUGAACUUUGUCCUGAUGCCGCUGCACAUGCGAACAGCCUUCAUGGGCUGCUGCGCCUUCCUCUGGGCCACCUUCCUGUGCUUCUCACGGCAGAGUGGUGAUGGCACCGCCGGCGUGGCUCUGGCCUUCGUCAUGGACCCCCGUAAGACUCUGGAGGAGAUGCGAGAGGCCCGGUUGGCCCGAAAAAAGCGAAGCAUCCAGAGGGAAAACUGA